AUGAACUUGGGAUAUAAUACAUUGUGUCCAUCACAACCUGGAUUAUGUGAUCAAUACAAACUUUCGUUUAUUGAUGAUAAUAGUAUAAUGUUUAUCUGUGAUUACGCCUAUCAUUCAGAUUAUUAUCACGGAAGAUGUAUCUAUUAUGAGGAAUUCUAUAAAAAAGGAGUGGUUAAAAAUAUUGAAUUAUUCUUAAAACAAAUUGAAAAAUCAGCAGAUGUAUUUACCUUAGAGGAUCUUGUUAAUUAUAAUACGGAGAUAGAAACAGAAGAUAAAGAUGAAGAUAAUUCUGGGAAGAUAGAUGAAACAUUAGAUAUUUUAUCUAAACUUACAAUAGAAAUUAAUCAAAUAGAAAGUUGGUAA